GAAGUGAAACAUCUUUCUCCGUGAACUUUUGAAUAAUUCGCUUUGGCGAGGAUUUGUACCUGCUUGAUGUAGUACGUUUAAGAGGAUUUUUUAUUACAUAGAUAACAUGUUGUUGAUGCAAUCGUCGAUGAUACUUCGUGAAGCGUCACUCUCGCUCCCUACUCUGCUUCUGCGUGAUGAUGCAAAGAUUCGCAUUGGUGGAUCAUAUCGUGAAUUACGUCACAUUUCUGAAUUGAUAUCUCUAGUCGCGACUGACAGUCUUCAGUCUGUGACCGAAGUCAUUCGUUCUCGGACUUGUUUGAGAUUACGUCAGACUGGUCACAAUGGAGUUGUUAUCGUUGUUAUUCUCGUCGCCUUUUAAGCUAUUACUGACCACCUUGCUAAUAAUAUGCGUGCUGAAAGUUAUAGUUUCUCUUCAUAAUCAACACACUUAUUGGAAAAAAAGAGGUGUCCCUUUUAUGCGAUCGACUACAAGUUUGCGGAUGUUUUGGACAAUGUUUCGUCGGAGAAUAAGCUUUUCCGACUAUUCGGAAUUCAUCUAUAAUUAUGAGCCGGACGCUAAGUAUCUCGGAAUGAUGGACACGGCCACACCUCUCGUCCUUUUGCGUGAUCCCGAAGUGAUCAGAGACGUCACAGUGAAAGAAUUUGAACAUUUCCCGGACCAUCGUACUUUGACAAGUACGGACAUAGACACCUUAUUUAGUAAGAACGUCUUUUUUUUACGCGGGAACCAAUGGAAAGAAAUGAGGAACACGUUGAGCCCCACUUUCACUGCCAGUAAGAUGAAAGUUAUGUUCGAGCUGGUGUCAAAGUGUUCCCACGAAUUCACCGAAUACUUGGCGGAACAUCCGGAACUGUGCUCCUCUAUCGAUACAAAAGACGCCUUCAGGCGGUACUCUACUGAUGUGAUCGCUACGUCGGCCUUCGGUAUAACCGUCAACUCCAUGAAGGAUCGGGACAACGAAUUCUUCCUGAGAGGAAUUGAGAUAACUAAGAGCCUUCUAUCACUUAGCAUGCUGAAGUUCUUAAUAUUACGCACGAGCCCGCGAUUAUCGAAGGCGCUAGGUUUGUAUAUUUUCUCACCGGAUUCGACGAAAUUCUUCAGGAGAAUCGUUGCGGAGAAUAUUAAAAUCCGAGAAGAACAAGGUAUCGUCCGGCCGGAUAUGAUUCACUUACUGAUGCAAGCUCGGGACAAGGAAGGUCCCAAUGCGCGUGAGGUGACAUUGGACGACAUCGUCGGACAAGCCUUUGGCUUUUUCCUGGCUGGCUUUGACACAACCGCGACGUUUAUGUGCUUCGUCGCCCAUGAACUCGCGGUUAACCGAGACAUUCAGGAUCGCCUGUUUGAGGAAGUGGAGCGGCAUUUUGCCGAGGGAAACGGCGAAAUCUCAUAUGAAGCAGUGUCGAAGAUGACUUACAUGGAUAUGGUGAUGUCGGAGACUCUCCGGAAGUAUCCGCCGGUAAUCUUCCUCGACAGGCUUUGUACGAAGAGAUGCGAACUACCUCCGGCGAAGCCAGGUUGCAAAAGCUUGAUCGUCGAGCCCAACAACAUGAUAUGGGUGCCUGUUUACGCGUUGCACCAUGAUCCGAAGUAUUUCCCAAACCCGUCCAAAUUUGACCCCGAGAGGUUCAGCGACGAGAACAAGGACAACUUCUUGCCGUACACUUACGUGCCCUUCGGCGUUGGUCCCAGGAAAUGCAUCGGCAAUCGUUUUGCUCUCAUGGAGACGAAACUCUUGAUAGCUCAUCUCCUACAUAAAUUUAUCUUCAAAGUCACAGAGAAGACUGUUGAACCUGUCGUGUUUGAUAAAAGUCAGUUCUCUUUGCAAGCCGACGGUGGAUUCUGGAUCGCAUUGGAGAAGAGGGAAAAGUAAAACGAAACGAUUUUCAUAACCUGUGUUUAUCGACAUUGAAGAUUAUCGAAAUGUCAAAAUAGAACCUUACUGUUAUUAACUGUUUCGCUCUGUAUACAAGAAAAUAUUGUUAUUAUUACGUUCGAGAUGGCUUUAUUUAAUGUUUGAUGUAAAAAAUUAAAACCGAAUUUGCCAAAUAUUAUAGUUGCAGUUACCAGAUUAUUACGCGCGUAAAAAUAUUUUUAUACACAGAAAAUUGCUAAACUAUAAUAGAAACGUGCGACCUUCGUUUCGGUAAUAUUGCUCCAUUAUAUGUAUUAUUUGCGUAAUAUGAGUAAUAAUGUGAUAACAGUGCAGAGCACAAUAUUUGUCCUGAACGGUGCAAAAUUCGUUUUUGCCAAGCCACACUUAUGAUGAGGAUUUUUCACGUCAGUGAUCGCCGUUCGUUAAACAUCUCGUUAUCUGGAAUUUCUUUAUUGUAAUAAGCUUGAGCGUAAGCGUAGCAAAAUAACGAAUAGAAUAAUUUAUAGAUAUUUUGAACUACUGUAAAAAUAAUAAUUUGAGAUUAGAACUUGUA